AUGAGAGAUAUUAGAGAGUCCGGAGGAACAUUAACACGACUUGUAGUCGUUGGUCUUCUGCUACAGGCGGCUCAGAAUGCGGUCACGGUGGGCAGUGGCGCCCGUGGAGUAAACGAAAUUCUUAUGGGGAGGAACUACCCACGCUACAUUAGGAUACCAAGUACGAGGAAAAGAGGAUAUUUCGAAUCCGGAGUUCCAGAUUACCUUUUGCAGCUCCGAGAAAGGCACAGUAGAGAAUGGAUGAAUUUUGGGCAGGCUGACGGUGGACACGGUCCAAGCUUGGGAGUUAUUACCACCAUACGACACCACCAAACCGUAGGUAAAUUUUGCCGCACUGUUUGGAAACUACUGACUCCGCCUACUGAUAAUGACGAAUUGUUUACACCUUUACAUCUAUUUAUAGGUGUAACUGAUAGACAGUCACAGUGGCAGCAAAAGCAGACUCUCGAUUUCCGCCUCGGACGAUUUUCAGUUGAUGAACAACUGAUUGCAUGCAGUUUGAGGCUACCAAUUCGUGACUGUAUAAAUACCACUGUCCCAGUCUCAGUGAGGGUGUCGGGUGCCGGAGAGAAGCUGGGAGGCGCUGUCUAUGUAGAGGCGGCAGGGUUGCCGGGGCAAAGGCAUAAAGCGUGGCUCAACGUACCUCUUCCUCCUGCCUUUCUCUACAAUCUCCCAAGACAAAAGCGACUUCUCAGAUUACAAGUUGACCUAGCCGAUGCCAGCGUUAUCGACAAUCGUCACACACCUCAUCUUUUGACUUUUCAUCGCAGUCGAGAACAGAGUGAAGGACUGAGGAGAGCACGAAGAGAUAUUGGUGUCGAUUUGAGCCAGCAGCAUGAUUAUGAAAGAACACCGACAAAACAGGUUAGACCGAUUAGCCGAAACCGCAAAAGACGUCGACAAGAACGUCUAAAAAGCAGAAGCUGGACAAGCGAUCAGGAAAAGCAUAACUCACGGUAUUUAAUGAACCAGCGAUACAUCGCCUCAACAUGCCAACGACGUGAUCUAAUGGUCAACUUUAAUGCCGUUGGUUGGUCGCGUUGGGUGAUUGCUCCGACUGCCUACAACGCGGGCUACUGCUUCGGCUAUUGUCCUUUUCCCCUCUCAGCCCACUUUAACACCACCAAUCACGCAAUCAUCAUCCACCUCAUGUAUAAUUUACGCGUAGCUCCACCCCAAGUUAAACCGCCCUGCUGUACUCCGCUCACCUUCAGUCCCCAGUCCAUUCUCUUUUUCGACGGUGACGAGGUCGUCCUUCAAGUCUAUGAGGACAUGGUUGUCGAGACCUGCGGAUGUCGGUGA